AUGGCUACAGCAACUAUUACCACCACCAUCCGCAAGAAGGAUGCGAACCUUCCACCAGAAAACGAGCGCUAUCUGCGGUGUUGCGCAGAUGUCGCCAACGCCCUGAUCGAGGACCACGAGGCAUCCAGAGACCCCAGCAAGCCCCGGAAGGAUAUCAAUCUCAACAGCCUGCGCUCCAAGUUCGCAAAGAAGCACAAGCUCAACAAUGUCCCACCACUUACGGCCAUUAUUGCCGCCGUCCCCGAACACUACAAGAAAUACAUUCUCCCCAGGUUGAUCGCAAAGCCCAUCCGAACAUCGUCAGGUAUCGCCGUAGUGGCGGUUAUGUGCAAGCCUCACAGAUGUCCACACAUUGCCUACACAGGAAAUAUUUGCGUCUACUGCCCCGGCGGCCCAGAUUCCGAUUUCGAGUACAGCACACAGUCCUACACCGGAUAUGAACCAACCUCUAUGCGCGCCAUCCGGGCUCGAUACGACCCAUUCGAGCAGGCCCGCGGCCGUGUUGACCAGCUCAAGGCUCUGGGCCACUCUGUUGACAAGGUGGAAUAUAUCAUCAUGGGCGGUACCUUUAUGUCGCUUCCCGAAUCCUACCGCAACGAGUUUAUCUCCCAGCUUCACAAUGCCCUUUCCGGAUAUGGUACGCCCGACGUCGACGAAGCCGUCCGCGCCGGCGAGCAAAGCAGUAUCAAGUGCGUCGGCAUCACAAUCGAAACCAGACCAGAUUACUGUCUCGCCAGUCACCUAACAGACAUGCUCCGCUACGGCUGCACCCGUCUCGAAGUCGGCGUGCAGUCCCUCUACGAAGACGUUGCCCGUGACACAAACAGAGGUCACACUGUUGCCGCCGUCGCAGAAACAUUCUGCCUUUCCAAGGACGCCGGAUUCAAGGUCGUUUCCCACAUGAUGCCUGAUCUUCCCAACGUGGGGAUGGAGCGCGACCUGGACCAGUUCAAGGAAUACUUUGAGAACCCUGAUUUCCGAACUGACGGUCUGAAGAUUUAUCCUACCCUCGUCAUCCGUGGGACAGGUCUCUACGAGCUAUGGAGAACGGGGAGAUACAAGGGCUACACGCCCAACGGCCUCAUCGACCUCGUUGCUCGCAUCCUGGCUCUUGUACCGCCAUGGACGCGUAUCUACCGUGUCCAGAGAGAUAUCCCAAUGCCCCUCGUCACAUCCGGUGUCGAGAACGGCAACCUCAGAGAACUCGCCCUGGCUCGCAUGAAGGACUUUGGCACCUCUUGCCGUGACGUCCGCACCCGCGAAGUGGGUGUCAACGAAGUGAAAAACAAGAUCAGACCAAACCAGAUCGAGCUCGUGAGGAGAGAUUACACCGCCAACGGAGGAUGGGAGACCUUCUUGGCCUACGAAGAUCCCAAGCAGGAUAUCUUGGUUGGUUUGCUUCGGCUGAGAAAGUGCAGCGAGAAAUACACCUUUAGGCCAGAACUCACGGGGCAGCCGACGAGUUUGGUCAGAGAGUUGCAUGUGUACGGCAUGGCUGUUCCGGUGCACGCUAGAGAUCCUAGAAAGUUCCAACAUCAGGGCUUCGGCACGUUGCUGAUGGAGGAAGCGGAGAGAAUUGCGAGGGAUGAGCAUGGGAGCGAGAAGUUGAGUGUUAUUUCGGGUGUUGGUGUGAGGAGUUACUACAGGAAGUUGGGGUACUGGUUGGAUGGGCCUUACAUGAGCAAGUGGCUGGAUGGAAGGCCGGGGCCGGAGGAAUAG